AUGAAUAGGUUGGUGCAUAUACAGAAGUUUGCUUGGCACCAAACUCAUGAGCACCGUGUCCCAUGGGUUAGUGCUUGCUUAGCAUGGCAACGCCAUAAUUUCACUUUGGAAAUUAAGGGAUGGUAUCGUGUUUUGUGGGCCCUUCUUCCUCACGCACCGCACGAUCGUCCUCGCAGACUUUUUCUCCCUUAUGAUGAGUAG